AUGCGUUCCCUUCUGGUCGUGGCCGGCCUAGCUGGCUGCAGUUCUUUCGCUCCAACCGAUGCAAGACAUCGGUUUCUGAGUGAAACGUUGGAAGAACCGGAAGAUGUAAUGCUGAAGACGGCAGAUCUUCACACAAAUCUUUUACGCGAACCCCCCAUGACGAUCAAGCUAGACAACAGAUACAAGUUCACUGGCCUUGGCGAGCUGGUUUCACAGCUGAUCGACCAUCACACCACAAUGGGAAGCGUUGGUUCCUCUGGAACGAUGGCCCGGCAAAAGCUGCUCAAUUACCACAACAGCCAGUAUUUUGGCGAAAUAAAGAUCGGAACUCCCGGCAGAAGAUUCGUAGUUGUUUUUGACACUGGUUCCUCAAAUCUGUGGGUUCCUGCAGCGGAAUGCGAGAAAGGAGGAUGCGCCCCCCAUGAGAAAUUCGACCCAAAGUAUUCUAGCACAUUUUCUCCCAUACGGUCGCUGACUGGAGACCCAGCAGUCGCAUUCAUUCAAUACGGAACUGGAGCAUGCGUUCUUCGAAUGGGUCGCGACAUCGUGGAGAUCGGCGGCAUCAAAGUGCCCAACCAGGCAAUCGGCCUGGCAGUCGAAGAAUCAACUCAUCCAUUCGCUGACCUGCCUUUCGACGGGCUGGUCGGCUUGGGAUUCCCGGAUGUGUCUGGGGAAGAGGGACUUCCAUCAAGCGCACUUCCCAUUGUUGAUCAAAUGGUUAAGGAGAUAACGGGACCAUCAUCUGUCAUCAAUCCCCUCAUCAAAGCACUCAACGUUGCUGAGAAUUGCUCCAAUCUUGGAACCCUGCCAACUCUCACAUUUGUCCUAAAAGACAUAUAUGGAAGGCUUGUAAACUUCAGCCUCGAACCCAGGGACUAUGUAGUGGAAGAGCUUGAUGCGGACGUGCCAGCACCUCGAGGCCCCCUGUUCGUGCUCGGAAAUUCCUUCAUCAGGAAAUACUACAGUAUUUUCGACCGCGAUCACAUGAUGGUUGGAUUCAUGCGGUAA